UAGCCGCGGCUCCCACUCCCGACGCGCGUCGCUCCGGCUUCUCCCAGCCCCACCCCGCCAUUGUCCCCUUCUUGCCUUUUCUCCCUCCUCCUCAAAGUUUCGAGAGCCGCUGGCUUCUCCCAGCACCCCUGCUUCUUUCCACCCUCGGUGGGUUUGACGAGCAGGAUGGAGGGCUGCCUGGGGGAGGAAUCUUUUCAGAUGUGGGAGCUCAAUCGGCGCCUGGAAGCCUACUUGGCCCGGGUCAAGGCGCUAGAGGAGCAGAAUGAGCUGCUCAGCGCGGAGCUCGGUGGUCUCCGGGCGCAGUCCCGGGACUGCUCCUGGCGAACCCGCGCUGACAACGAGCUAGCAGCCCUGCGGGCCCUAGUUGACCAGCGCUGGCAGGAGAAGCACGCGGCCGAAGUGGCGCGCGACAACCUGGUGGAAGAGGUGGCGGGUGUGGCAGGCCGGUGCCAGCAGCAGCGGCUGGCUCGGGAGCGGAUGGCUGAGGAGGUGGCCCGCAGCCGGCGCGCUGUCGAGGCCGAGAAAUGCGCCCAGGUCUGGCUGAGCAACCAGGCGGCGGAACUGGAGCGCGAGCUAGAAGCCCUGCGCGCCGAGCACGAGGAGGAGCGCGCCGGCCUGAACGCGCAGGUUACCUGCGCUCCCCGCGGCCCCGCACCUCCCCGCGCGUGCCCCGCGCCGGCCCCAGAGGUGGAGGAGCUGGCGCGGCGGCUGGGCGAGGCGUGGCGCGGAGCGGUGCGCGGCUAUCAGGAGCGCGUGGCGCACUUGGAGACGUCGCUGGGUCAGUCCUGCGAGCGUCUGGGUCAGGCUGUGCAGGGCGCUCGCGAGGGUCGCCUGGAAUUGCAGCAGCUCCAGGUGGAGCGCGGUGGCCUCCAGGAGCGCAGGGCAGCGCUGGAGCAGAGGUUGGAGAGUCGAUGGCAGGAGCGGCUGCAGGCCACUGAGAAGUUCCAGCUGACGGUGGAAGCCCUGGAACAGGAGAAACAGGGCCUGCAGAGCCAGAUUGCCCAGAUCCUGGAAGGUCGGCAGCAGCUGGCACACCUCAAGAUGUCUCUUAGCCUGGAGGUGGCCACGUACAGGACCCUCCUAGAGGCUGAGAACUCCAGGCUGCAGACACCUGGCAGCAGUUCCAAGGCUUCCCUCGGCAUCCAGGACCCUAAAAUGGAGCUGCAUUUCCCUGGGACACCAGAGGGCCGGCGUCUUGGACCGUUGCUCUCUGUCCUGAGUCCUGCUGCCCUCUCCCCACCCUUGCCUGAUACCCUUGAGACACCUAUGCCGGCCUUUCUGAAGAGCCAGGGAUUCCUCCAGGCCCGUAUCCCCACCUUAGCCAGCACUCCCAUCCCACCCACACCUCAGGCUCCCUGUCCUGCUACAGAUGCAGAGACCAGAGCCCAGGAUGCCCCCCUGUCCCUGCUGCAGCCACAAGCUGGGAGACAGCAGGCUCCAGAGGCCAUGUGGGCAGAAGCUAAGGUGGCCACCCCUGCCAGCAUUCUCCCAGAACCAGGGGAUCCUGGGACCAAUCAGCAAGAGGCCAGUACAGGCCAGUCCCCUGAGGAUCAUGCCUCCUUGGCCCCACCGCUCAGCCCAGACCACCCCAGUUUAGAGGCAAAACUCAGUGGGUCUGUAGUUUCCAGCAGAUUCCAGGAGGAAGGUGAAGGGCAAAUCUGCAAGCUGGCAGAGAAUGACAAAGCUACAGAGAUCAAAGCAGUAAGCAGCUUACAGCAGGAAACAUGGCAAAAAGAGGGGGAUCUUGUCACAAAGGAACUCCAGGACUCCCAGGGUUCUUUGGAAAAAGAAACUUCAAAGUCUCUGAAAGAGGAGAUUCAAGAUCCACUGAUGUCUCUGGAAAAACAGAGCCAGGAAACACAGAGAUCGGUAGAGGAGAAUCAAGAAUCUGUGAGCUUUUUGGAAGAAGAGAACUUAGAGACACUAAAAAGUCUAAAUAAGGAGAAUCUGGAGCUAUUGAAGUCCUUAGAAGAAAAGGAUAUAGAAAUAGCGAGACCUGUAGAAAAAGAGACUGUAGAACUACGUAAACCUAUAGGGAAAGAGGACCCACAGCCAUUGCAAUCUCCAGAAAAAGAGAACCAACAAUUAAUGAGGUCUCUUGAGGGUAAUGUAGAGAUAUGUUUAUAUCCAGAAAAGGAAAAUAAUAAUUUGGUGAGCUCUCUGGAAGAAGACUUUGAGUCACUGAGUUCUAGAAAAGGAGCCCUAGAAAAAGAUGAUCAGAAUGCCUUGAGACCUGAAGUAGAGAACCAGGAUACAUCAAUACCUAUAGCAAAAGAGAAUCAUGAGUCUCUGAUGUCUCUAAAAGAUGAGAAUCAAGAGACCUUGAGACCUCCACAAAAAGAGAAUCAGGAGCCACUGAGGUCUCUAGAAGAAGAGAAACAGGAAACAUGGGGACUUCUUGAAGAAGAGACUCAGCAGCCACUGAGGUCUCUAGAAGAAGAGCAGAUAACACAGAGACCAGAGCCACUGGAAUCUCUUGAAAAAUACCAGGAAAUGUUUAGACCUCCUGAAAAAGAAAAUCAAGAGCUAAGGUUCCCAAAAGAAGAGAGUGUAGAGGAGGUGAGAUCUUUAGAAACAGAGAAUCUAGAACCAUUAAAGGCUGUAGAAGAAUACCCAGAAAUGUUGACAUCUCUAGAAACUCAAGAGCCAGUGUGGUCUGGAGAAGGAAUGAAUGAAAGGAAAAUUAAACCUCUAGAAAAGGAAACUCAAGAACCACUAAGGUCUGUAGAAGAGAACCAGGAGACAUUGAGACCUCUAGAAAAGCAGGACCAAGACUCACUGAGAUCUCUGGGAGAAUGGAAUCUAGAGAACUUGAGAUCUCCAGAAGACCUAGACAAGGGAAGUCAAGAGUACCUGGGAGAGGAAGGGAAGCUGGAGAUGGAAGAGAAUCAAGAGUUGCUGAGGUCUAUGGAGGAGGAGGGACAGGACCUGCCCCUUUCAGCAAGUAGACAGCGGUGGGAAAAUGUGGUGGUGGGAGACCAAGAGCAAGAUCAGGAAAUACCCCCUGGGGAGGUUGGAGUGGAUCAUGAGGAUGAGGCAGAGCUGGCCCUUAGGGAGUUGGAUGGCUUUGCUGGGAAGGAGGCAUUUCUAGAGCAGGGAGAGGAGCCAAUGACCGCCACAGGAGAGGCCUGGAACACAGAUGAGCAUCCAGGGAACCAGGGGCCCAAAGACUGGGUCCCAGGCAAGGGUGCCAGUGAGGAGGAAGGUGCCAAAGGCUCCCAGGACCUUGAAGAGCAGGUGGGGGCCCUAGAUCUCAGCGUUCCUCUGGGCAUGUCAGAGGUGAUGGGGCUGGUAUUGGAAGAUGAGGACAGGGAUGCAGCCCUAGGGGGUGGCAUGGAUUCCCCACAGGUUACCUUGGGGUCAGAGACAGCAAUGGGGGAAUCUGCUGCUGUAGGUACAGAGCAGGGACAGGAGCAGGGAGCUGGAGGCCUGGAGGGCACAGACCAACUGGUCAGGGAGGAGGUGAUGGAGCCACCCUUGGGCGAGGAAGGUUUAGAGGCAAAAAGCGAGGAGGAUUUGAAAGGACCCAGAAAGGCCCUAGAGGAGGCAGUUGCUCUGGAGCCAGAAGUCUCUCCAUUUUCCAGGGUCUGGGAGGAAUUGGAACCUGAGUCCCCCUGGAGAGCAGAGGCAGUGUUCUCUGCUGAGACUUUCUGCCAGGAGGGCUGUGAUGCCCCUCAACCAAGGCCCCUGGGGCCAGAGGAAACUGAGGCAGAUGAACAACCAGGGACGCAGUCCACCAGCCCAAGGUGCGAGGAGCCCUGGUCACCUACCCCAAUCCCUGAAGAUGCCCUGGAGCUGCAGCCCCUGGCUGAGGGGAGCCAGGAGGCUAGUUGGGGACUGGGGGGCAGGGCUGAGGCUCUGGCAAAGGUGGAGGAUGAGCAAGAGGAGCUAGGCUGUGGGGAAGGUCCUUGUCCCGAGGACCUUCAGGACAAGGUGGGGGAGAGCAGAGAGGAGAGUGAGGCUGAGGUUGAUGAGCUAGGGGAGACUCUCCCGGACUCCACUCCCCUGGGGCUCUACCUCAGCUCCCCAACCUCCCUCAGAUGGGGCCUGGCUGGAGUGCAGAGGCCCUCCCCUCAAGGGGAGGCUGGAAAAGAAGGCUGGGAUCCUGCUGGCCUCACCUCAGGGGAUCUUGGGGAGGAGGAGGAGGAGGAGGAGGACGGGGCAGACGGGGAGAAGGGAGCUGAAGAGGCAGAAGGUGGCCGUGACUCUGAUCUGUCAGAGGAAUUUGAGGAACUGGCCACUGAGGCUACUCUCCUUCCGGGGGUCCCCAGGGAGGUGGUGGGCCCUCUGGGUCUGGCGCCCCAGCCCCCGCUGGAGCCUGCAGCUUGGGAUGGGGAUGGCGAGUCGGAUGGGUUUGCUGAUGAGGAGGAGAGUGCGGAGGAGGGAGAGGAAGAGGCUAGAAGGGAGCCAGGGGCUGGGUGGUGGGGUCCAGAGUCUUCUGUGGGAGACCAUCUGCAGAGAGGGGCCCUUCCGCUGUCUGAGGCCGUGGAGGUCAGUGUCCCCGGGGAUGAGGGCUUGAGGGGUGCGGUGGCCAAUCUCCCUGUGACUGUCCUGGAAUCAGAGUCCCAGGACAGCACUGACCCCUCCGGCUCAGGGGAGGAGUCGGGUGCUACCCCCUCAGAGGGGAAGGACCGAGCCCCUGGCCCCCUGGAGCCCCUCAGUGGGGUGGAGGACCUGGGCCUGGAGGGAGGGGAUGCCCUCAGUGUCAAUGGCCAGGGUCCCAGCUUGAAGGAGGAGUUGGAGCAUGUGAAUGGCGGGGUGGUGAAUGGCCUAGAGCAGUCCGAGGGAGUAGGGCAGGGGAAGCUGGGGAGCCCUGAGUGCGACAGAGGGAGCCCCUUGGAAGAGGAGGAGGGAAGUGCCCUGAAGACCCCUUGGGCAGGGGCUCCUCUUCACCUGGGCCCGGGCCAGUUCCUGAGGUUCACCCAGCAGGAAGGAGAUGGGGAUUCCUGGUCCUCGGGGGAGGACUAGAGAAAGAGCUAUCCCUGCACUAAGUAUGUGUGGGUGUUCCAAGCCCCCUCCCUGCUCAGAGGCAGCACCUUUAAUUUAUGAGCUCUUGUCCUGUGGCUUCUGUGAGAAGCCUGGCUGGCCAAGGUGAAGUGUGGUGUAACCAAGGGGCCCAUGCCAAGAAUAGAGGUUCCAGGAGUGAAAGCCAGCCCCUUGGGUCCUGCAGAGGGGGGCGUCCUGCCCACACCAUCCCACAGGCUUUAUAGUACUGAAUCUUUAGUACUAGGCCCCUCUUCCUUGCACUCCUUCCUUACCAACCUGUCCCAUCAGCUAGAAAAGGCCUAGGUGUGUGGCUCCUCAGAGUGGAGGAGCUCAACAGCCUACCCCUCCUAGAGACACCUCUGUAGGGUGUCUGACUGGUGGCUUGAGAGGGUGGGGGUGGGGCAUCUCUGUGUCCUGACCCCUACCAAGUUAUGGCCUUGUCUGGCUCAUCCCUACCUGAAUAAAGUAAUGCCUCUGCCGACGAUGUCUGUACUC